UUGAAAGACGUCAUCGGCCGCAUAACAGGAGCCUUUCUCCGUUGCUCAUUUGAGUGAAAUCGGCUCGGCGCUUGCAAUAUAAACUACAACUAGUGAAACUUCAUGAUGGCUGACAAGGAGGUAACAUCUAAGGACCUGGUGGAUGUGGCAAGCAACAACAAUAUUUCUACCGAUUGGAAAAAGCUUGCUUCCAUUCUUGACGCCAAGAUGUUUACCCGUGGAGCAAUUGGACUAAUCAAGCAGGAGAACGAAGAUGAUAUAUUCAUGCAGACCAAAUCGAUGCUGGAAAAAUGGCACAACAGCCACGCCAGGUCUGCCACUCUUGGGAAACUGAUCAAGGGUAUGGUCAAGUGUGGCUAUACCAAAGACGCUGAAACAAUAUUUGGAGUGCCCCUAGUGACACAGAACACUCCAUCUGGUGGUGGAUCUGAUACGCCUGACGGACAUUCUAAACCAUCAGAUGCUAGACCAUCAGAUGUAUCUUCUGAUCAAACCGGAAUUGGAGUACCGUCAGCAUCAUCUGGAGUCAGUUCGACGGCAGGAGAGACAGAUACCACUGAUGGCAAUAAUAAAUUAACGCCUCUUCUUCCCGUGUUACAUUCUCAAGGCUGGAAGUACGACGUGUUUUUGUGUCAUGCAGGCGAAGACAAAGAAGACUUUGUCUCUCCAUUAAGCAAAGAGCUCAAAGAUAAACAUAAAAUUGUUUCGUUUUUCGAUAAAGUUUCUUUGCUAGAGGAACGCAUGGCACAGACAGACAUUGCAGAAGCCAUAACACUGUCUCCUCUAUUUGUCGUUAUACUCAGUCAUAAGUUCAAAGGAAAACGCUAUCCAGAAGCAGAAGUUAAAGCAGCUUUUGAAUUUGGCAAAGUUGAAAGUGAUCCACUUAGGUUUGACACACGUUACAAGAAAAUCAUACCAAUAUUUUACAAGAUUAGAGCCGACGAUUGCGGGGAAUCUUCCAUCACAAUCUUAAGAAAGUUGUCUCGAAUUACAGGUAUUGAGAAGAAAACUGAUGAAAACGUUACUGGUUUCGUAACUCGCGUUGCGGAAAGUAUUCGAAAACUUGUUGAAGACCAGCGUGUAUAUGGUGAGAUAAAGGUACAUCCGGAGUUGUCAUCUGGUCGAAUACUAGCAACAAUAGUGGCACACUGUACUGCUGAUUCUGCUGUUUUGGAUGAUCUGGGUGCUGAAGGCAAACGCAUAUAUGAAGAAGCUUGCAAAAAGGGCAAGGUCAGAAUUAUUCGCGUCUUGUGUGAUACCCUUGGAGAGGAAGAAUCAGGCAAGUCUUGUUUCGCUGAUUCAUUGAUGGACAAACCAUAUAUUCCAAAUCGAGAGAGUACGAAUGGAGUCAAGGUCAAAAUGAUGACUCAUGCAAUUGGAGAUGGAACCAACUGGAAAGAAUUGGCGAACGAAAAGGAGAGGCAGACACAUAUAAGCAGAUCGUUGGCAAAGAAAUACGUCAACCAUCUCAGGCAGCAGUCCAAAUCUACGAAGAAAGGCAAUGAUGGCACAACGGAAGAUGAGGGUCCGGUAGAUGAGGGACGUGUAAAUGAUGCUCCUGUAGUUGAGGUUGCAGUAGAUGAGGGUUUGGUAGAUGGCUCUUCUCAUGUUUCUCAAUAUGAGCAUUUUCAAGAUGCAAAUAAACCAGAUGCAGACGCAAUAAAGGCAAUCGUUCUCAUGAAUGAAGAUUCAGAGGAGAUGAGCAAGUGCGAAAAUACGACUCUAUUGACACUGAUGGACAGAGGAGGUCAAGACCAAUUUCUUUCCACUCACGCUGCUCUUAUGGCAGAUGACGCACAUCAGUCUACUGUGUGUUUCUUAGUUAUUGAUGGGUCGAAGCCACUAGAUGAAGAAGUAUUGGAAUCCAAAUUUCGUCUACCAGAUGGACGUGUUAUCAAAAAGCCGCGGGAUAACGGUACGACGAGAGCCGACCUUAUCCGAUGCUAUUUCACUGCUCUUUCUGCGGCUUUCCCUGCUAAACAAAAGUUUCCAAACUUUUUAGGAAUGGAGCUAAAGAUUUGCCCACCGGCAACUUUCAUUGUUCUAACCAGGAAAGAUGAAACGGAAAGCCGCCAAGAAUGGGUUACACAGCAAGAGACGAAAUUGUGGGGUAUUAUUUGUGAGCAGAAGUUUGCUAAACAUAUCGUGCAAUACGAGGACAAGAAUGGAGACCUUAAGUUUGUGUUCCACGUAGAUAAUACCAAGUCAGGCACGGGGAACCCUGAUGAUACAAUUCUUCUUAUCAAAAAGAUGAUUGUUAAAAUGGCUAGUAAGCGUUGGAGUGACAAAGACUUGAUUCCUGUAUCUUGGGUCACUCUAGAUAAAGGUCUCGGUCAGCUUCAAAUGGCGGGGCAUGAAGUUCUCGACAUUCGAAGUUUCUACGAAACAGCUGCUGAAAAAUGUGGUAUCGCAGUCUACGGCGAUUUCCAAGAAGCGUUGAAAUACCUCUGCAACCAUGGAUCGAUUGGCUUUUACCAUAACGUUCCUGUACUCAAGGAAAAAGUUCUUCCCAACCUACAGUGGGCCGCUGAUAUGAUGGCGAUUUUUGUUACAGUUGUGGAUGAAGCGAAUAUCAAAGAUAAUAUAGGGUUGAAUGCUGAUCUCAACAAACUGCACCAAACGGGUGUAAUGUCUUGGGAUCUUGCAAAGUUUUUGCUGGACGAAGCACAGUUACUGCUGAAUAAGUCAAAGUCUGUGCUGGAUGUAGCCCCAGUAGUCGAAAAUGUCGACGAUGUCAUCCUCAACCUUUUGGCUCUCUUUGAUGUCAUUGAACAAGCAGUUUCAGUGUCAUCUAAAGCCGAAACGGAGGUCGGUGUAGAACGCAGUCGUGACAUUUAUGUUCCUUGCAUGGUUGUCAGGGACAUGAUCAAGACCUCUUUCGCCUACCAAUUAGUCUUGUUCUCGUCUGCUACUCCUCCACCUCUUUUCAUCGUUCCGAAAGGCUUUAGCAUUUUUCUCAAGCCUCUCUUUUACCGCCUUGUUGUCCGCAUGAUACGCAAGUACUCUUCGAAUAACAUACCAAAUCUCAGCAGGAAGCAGGUUAUUCUUCAUAUCGACCAACACGUAUCACUGGAGUUGGCAUACAUUAAGGAAGCGGUUGUCGUUACCGUUUUCGCUCCCGACGGCAAGGAACUACCGCAGGAUCCAUCUCUGCGUCCAAUGUGCUUUGACGUUCGUGAAACUGUAGUGAAACAACUCACUCAGGCCAAGAAACGAGGCAUGGAUGGCUUCGAGUUUGAACUUUGUGUUCAUAAUGCACUUGAUGAGCUUUCAGUCUAUGAUCCUAGUAGACUCGCAUCACUGGAAAUGUAUCCAGGCUCCAGAGUUCUGGUCGACAGAAAUGGUGACAGCAUUGUGCAUCCUAGACGUCUUUGUGUGUGGUAUAACAAUUGUGACGAAGAUUGUAGGAGUGAUGAGACGGCAACAUUGAAGGACCUUGCACGUCUUGCUAAAAGAAUUCAAAACUACUCGGGAGAGUUUGCUUCUGUAUUGGAUCCGGAUCUAUUUUUUGAGAAAUAUGAGACAAUAAAGCUGAAACAUCCUAGUUCUCCCUUCCUGCAAGCUACGACUAUAUUGCAUGAAUGGAGAAGCCGUCAUGCUGACAAAGCAUAUCGUCGCUUGUUAAUUCAGGCAUUAAUUGCUAUGGAGAAAAGAUUGGAGGCUAAUGAAGUUUUUGGUGAAGAAGUUGUAAGGCAGGUGUCGCCUCAACAUUUAGAGUAAAGAAGUUCAUUCCAAGAUUGCCAGUGUGUGUAGUUUUACUUAAUUAAUAUUGAUUUGCCGAAACCAUGUUAUUCUAAAUGUGAUAAAUAGUUGCAUUAAUUUGCUUUAAAGUAAAAAUGUAUUAUUCAACCUAUAUAU